UUGACAAUGGGUAUAGUUUUUCAGACUGCCUCUAUUACAUGAGCUGUGGUGGAAUAGGAUUGGAUGGUUUCAAACUGCUUGACAGUCAGAUGAAGGUGGAUGAAAUGCUUAGGCAAAACCAGGACAUCAGGAGGAUCACAUUGUCAGUUACUAAGGGCAAGAGGCAGCAGGCAAUUGUUGUGUCUCCAGCAAAGAAGGGAAAGAGAAAGGCAGCAGAACUAGUUCAGAUAUCUGAUGAAGAAUAUAGCAGUGAUCCUGAUAUAGUGUUUGCAGUCAGUGAAGAUGGUGUGGCCCAUAAGGAAUCUGGUGAUUAUGUUGGUUCAAGUUCAGGCCGAGGCACAAAUGAGUUUUUGUUCUUUAGCACACAGCAGAGUGUAAAUUACCAGCCCAUCCAAACUAUGCCACCUCCCCAGACAGAAGCUUAUGAUGAAUACCAUAACUCUCAGAUAGAAGACAGUGCCAAUUAUGCAGACAUGGAUCUUGAUUCAGAAAGUGAGGAGGAAAAUAGCUCUAAUGAAGAUAGUGCUGACCUGCAGUCAACUGUAGCAGAUAUGAAGAAGGCAGCACUGCACUUUGAGGGUGACACAGAACCAGAGGACAUUUAUGAUGUUCCUGAGGAGCAGGAAGAGGAAGAGCACAGUGAACAAGCUCCAAAUGUAGCUGAAGAAGAACAUUUCACUGAAGAUGGAGUACUGCAGCAGCCUGUGCUUAGGAUUGGAAAGAGAGUGGGGCCAACAACAAGAACACACUCAUCAGCCAAUGAUCCAAUUGAGCCUGAUUAGUUUCCCUCAGGUGAUGAGGAUGAAAAUCUUGGUUUUUUGGACUCAGAGGAUGAUGAUGACAAUGAGCCUAUGUCUUUUAUUAUUCCCUCGGGAAGGAAAACAAGAGCAGAGAAGGCAAAGCCAAGAAAAUGGUAUGAUGAAAGCAGACUGAAUCCAGAGCAGCAGUUUUGUUUGAAGCUAUGUUUCAAAGAUGUGUACCAAUUUAGGAGUGCUCUACUUAACUUUCACAUCAAGCAGCUGAGGUCUUUCAGAUAUCACAGGAACUGCAAAGACAGGGUCAUUGCUUGGUGUGACCACAAGGACAAAGGAUGUCCUUUUUAUAUUGUUGCUUCUCAGAUCAAGAAUGAGCAAACAUUCUGUGUAAAGAAGUUUAGAGCAGAACAUACUUGCCCAACUAGUGACAAACAUAGUAAAGUGAGCUCAAAGUGGCUAGGAAGCACUAUCUUAGAGACAAUUAGAUCAGACCCAAACACAACUAUGCCAGCAUUGGUAGACAAGGCAAAGAGGAAAUUUGGAAUUGAAGUUCCAAAGAUGAUGGCAUGGAGAGCUAAAAAGGUAGCAAAGGAAAUUGUCCUAGGAGAUCAUAAGAAGCAGUACCAUAGGUUGACUGAUUACAUUGAAACAGUUAAAAUAUGCAAUCCAGGAUCUAGAUGCUUUGUCACAACUGUCACUCCAAAAAGCACAAAUGAAAACCCACAUCCAGGUCCCAGAUUCCAUGGUCUUUUCUUUUGUCUCAAUGCACCUAGGGAGGGUUUUCUAAAUGGAUGUAGACCUUUCAUUGGUUUGGAUGGAUGUUUCAUAAAGCUUACAACUGGAGCACAAAUCCUAGCAGCUACUGGUAGGGAUGCCAACAACAUCAUGUAUCCCAUUGCUUUUGGAAUUGUAGGAGUGGAGGACACACCCAGUUGGAGCUGGUUUCUCACCCAACUUAAGUAUGAUCUGGGAGGCACAGAAGAGGGAAAGUUUGGCAAAUACACCAUCAUGUCAGAUAGGCAGAAGGGCAUGCUAAAUGCUAUCAAUGUUGUAUUUCCAAACUACCCACAAAGAUUUUGUUUAAGGCACAUUUAUGCAAAUUUUCAAAGAGCUGAAUUUAGAGGUGAAGAUCUGAAAAAAUGCAUGGACAGUGCUAGCUAUUCCUACACAAAGCAUGGUUUUGAUGUAGCCAUGGCCAAUUUGAAGAAUGAGUGUGAGGAUGCACGGAGGUGGUUAUCUGGUAUUCCAGUACACACAUGGGCUAGGCAUGAAAUGGACACCAAUUGCAAAACAGACCUGGUGGUCAAUAACAUAAGUGAGGUCUUCAAUAAAUAUAUCUUGGAUGUUAGAAACAAACCAAUAGUGACAAUGAUUAAUGGAAUCAAAGACAAGUUGCUAGUCAGGUUUGAUGGAAAAAGAGAAAGUGCAGCAACUUCUA